UCAAUCUCUUGAAAAGCGAGUGUAAAACCAAGAAGAAGCAGAUGGCGGAGGAGAAGAGGGAAGACAGAGAAGUAAAAGAAGAAGACGACCAGGUUGUGAACCCGUGGGAGGUGUCGGCCAACGGAGGUAAGAUCGAUUACGACAAGCUUAUCGAGAAAUUCGGCUGCCAGAGGCUAGAUGACGCAAUUGUCCGCCGCGUUGAACGCCUCACUAAUCGCCCGGCGCACGUCUUCCUCCGCAGAGGUGUCUUCUUUGCCCACCGGGAUUUCAAUGACGUGUUGGAUGCCUAUGAGAGGGGCGAGAAGUUCUAUCUUUAUACUGGAAGAGGGCCAUCAUCUGAGGCCUUGCAUUUGGGUCAUUUGGUGCCAUUUAUGUUUACCAAGUAUUUGCAAGAGGCUUUUAAGGUUCCUCUAGUUAUACAGCUGACUGAUGAUGAGAAGUGCAUGUGGAAGAAUCUCUCUGUAGAAGAGAGUAGGAGACUUGCUCGCGAGAAUGCUAAAGACAUAAUCGCUUGUGGAUUCGACAUCACUAAAACCUUCAUCUUCUCAGAUUUUGAUUAUGUUGGCGGUGACUUCUACCGAAAUAUGGUGAAGAUUCAAAAGUGUGUCACACAUAAUAAGGUUGUGGGCAUUUUUGGUUUCACAGGUGAAGAUCAUAUCGGAAAAAUUUCUUUUCCGUCUAUACAGGCAGCUCCAUCAUUUCCUAGUUCAUUCCCUCACCUAUUUUCUGGCAAAGACGACCUCCGCUGCUUGAUUCCUUGUGCAAUUGACCAGGAUCCUUAUUUCAGAAUGACACGAGACGUUGCUCCUCGGAUAGGACAUCACAAGCCUGCAUUGCUCGAAUCAUUGUUCUUUCCUGCCUUGCAGGGGGAAACAGGAAAGAUGUCUGCUAGUGAUCCAAAUUCUGCAAUAUAUGUGACCGACUCUGCAAAGGACAUUAAGAACAAGAUAAAUAAGUAUGCAUUCUCUGGUGGGCAAGAUUCUGCAGAGAAACAGAGACUAUAUGGAGCAAAUCUUGAGGUAGAUAUACCAGUGAAAUAUCUGAACUUUUUCUUAGAGGACGAUGCUGAGCUUGAUCACAUAAGGAAGGCAUAUGCAAAGGGGGACAUAUUAACGGGUCAUGUAAAGAAGCGACUUGCUGAGAUUUUGACAGGUCUAGUGGAAAGACAUCGUAGGGCUAGAGCUGCUGUGACUGAAGAGAUGGUGGAUGCUUUUAUGGCUGUAAGACCCCUUCCCAGUAUGUUUGACUAAAGAUACUGAAAUGCGACGACGGUUUCUCCAACAAGCUUCUGUCAGUUCUGUGCAUCUUUCCUUCUUUUGUUUUGCCAUCGCACUCCAUUGAUUUCCCAACUUGGGCUGCUGCUAUGAGGAAAUCUGAAGUUGAUACAAAGUUUCGGGGUCUUUGGGGAUUUUACUCAUUCUUGAUAGCGAUUAUGAACUGUAAUUUGUUAGAGAAGCUCAUAGCUGCAGUUAUUCCAGUACUCUUUUAACAUUUUGGAUAUGGGCGGCUGCAUUAGUAAUUAUCGUAAAAGCACUGUUUGCUGAUGAAGCAUAAUAUUCUGAUUGUUUUUAGACUAAGAAAAGUAAUUAAUGAUGGAAUUGAAGGCAGGACUCAAAUAUUAGUGUUUA